UGUGUCAGCAGAAAAACACUGCGAGUGAGCCAACCCGUUCUGGAAUUCAAUCAUUUCUCUCGACCGUGGGCCACAUAAGGGAGGCGUAUGCGAAGCCGAGGGUGAGGGUCUUCUGAAUAAAUCUCUCGUUGACCUUUAUUUGAAGGAGUUGGCGAUCGGGAUUGCGGUGGUUCUUUUCAACCAAAUUUCGAUUCGAAAUGGCGUUCCCCAGUAAGAUUAAGGUGAUGAAUCCCAUAGUCGAGAUGGACGGAGAUGAAAUGACUCGUGUUAUCUGGAAAUCUAUAAAGGAAAAGCUAAUUUUUCCCUUCUUGGAUAUAAAGUAUUAUGACCUUGGUCUUAUUAAUCAUGAUGCCACGAAUGAUGAAGUUACAGUAGCAAGUGCUGAAGCUACUCUUAAGUAUAAUGUAGCAAUUAAGUGUGCAACUAUAACUCCAGAUGAAGGCCGUGUUAUGGAGUUCAACUUAAAGAAAAUGUGGAAAAGUCCAAAUGGGACUAUUCGAAACAUUUUAAAUGGAACAGUUUUCAGAGAACCAAUUAUUUGCAAAAAUGUCCCUCGGCUUGUUCCAAGCUGGACCAAGCCAAUCUGCAUCGGGAGGCAUGUUUUUGGUGAUCAGUACCGAGCAACCGAUUUAGUUGUACAAGAACCUGGAAAACUCAUGCUUGUUUUUGUUCCUGAUACAAGUGGUGAGAAGAAGGAGCUCGAGGUUUUCAACUUCAAAGGUUCUGGCGGUGUAGCUUUGUCCAUGUACAACACUGAUGAGUCUAUUUGUGCUUUUGCCGAGUCUUCAAUGAACAAUGCUUACCAGAAAAAACGGCCACUUUAUCUUAGCACAAAAAAUACAAUUAUGAAGAGUUAUGAUGGAAGAUUUAAAGACAUUUUCCAGGAAGUUUAUGAAACUCAAUGGAAAUCCAAGUUUGAGGCAGAAAGUGUUUGGUAUGAGCACCGUCUUAUUGAUGAUAUGGUUGCUUAUGCUCUAAAAAGCGAAGGAGGUUAUGUAUGGGCAUGCAAAAACUAUGAUGGAGAUGUGCAGAGUGAUUUCUUAUCCCAAAGGUUUGGAUCUCUUGGGUUGAUGACAUCAGUGCUGGUGUGCCCAGAUGGAAAGACUAUUGAAGCUGAAGCAGCUCAUGGAACAGUUACCCGCCACUACCGUGUUCAUCAGAAAGGAGGUGAAACCAGCACUAAUAGCAUUGUCACGAGGACUUGCGCACAGGUAUUGUUUUGUUAUUCUCAAUCUAGUAAUUGAGUUCAUGUAGUCUGU